AGUCCGAAGAUUAGGUACACGUACAUUCGCUUCAUCCUGUUCAGAUCACGUGUGAGCCCUUAAUUGGAGUCAUACGGCGUGCUCGAGUGGUUAAGGAAAAUGAAGGUUUCACGAUUGAAGCUCUUUAUGGUGUUUUUUUUUAUCUUCAUCGAUGUCGCCUUCCCAGAAUCUAUCCAGAUCGACAGGUUUAUCGUACAACCUAAAGACCCACAAACUUGGAAACGGGUGAAAGACUCGUUUGUUGUUCCGUCGUCGGCAUGUUACCAAGGGAGAAUUGGAACUGGUAGGAACUAUUGCAACGAAUCGUGUACAAAAGAUGACUCGAAAGAACAGUAUUCGUGUGAAUGUCCCCCAAAAUCUGCCACUGUAACGUUUGUGAAUAACUCAUGGAUAUGUCUAGAUAAUAUGAUGGUGCGAAAGAAACUCGGAUGUGCGGACAACACCCUAUUUCAUUAUGAAAGAGAGUGGCAUCAAUUAUACACACUGAGCAAUCAGCCGAGGUGGGGAAGAAAAACAGCAUUGUACAACGAGGAGGCCCCCUGUGUUUUAAACACUAGUUCUUCGUGGGUUAUUGGAUGUCAUGGGGAAAAAACUCCUGUUGACAAUCUUACUGAUAGAACAAAGGAAAUAUUCGUCCUCGGAUGGAGUAACAAGAGCAAGGCAUACUAUAUAAAGGUAGUUGAUCCAAUCGCCAUUUUUCAGGGAAGAAUAAUAAAUUUGGGAGUAAGCUGCUCGCAACCUUCUUCUGACUUCAAAGAAGGCUGUCUACUCUUCAAACUGGAAGGAAACAUAACAUGUCCAUUAGGGUCCUCCAUAAGGUCAAUAACUAUUCCUGCAAUUUCAUCUUCGGUGGAUACAUCACCUUCGAACCCCACGACGACGGGCACUAAGAAGACGACUUACUCAACUCAGAAAUCUUCAGUGAUAGAAUCAAGCACCAGCAAAGCCAAAAGAGGCGCAGAAACAAAUGGUGUGGUGAUUGGCAUCGCAGUGGGAUGUGCAGUUGGGGCUAUAAUUUUUCUCAGCUUCCUGGUAUUACUUUGCAAGCGAAGGAAAUCAAAAAACAAUCAGCAAGAAUCAAACCCAGCAGGACAAGGUAAUGGUGGAGCUGGGCACAAUACUGCGGAUGAUAACUCUGGCAACUGCCAUAUUUACCAAAGUAUGGACAUGAACACACCAGCUACAGCUGCACCAGUUUACGAAAAUAUGCUAACACCGGCCACAGUACCAAAUUACCAAAAUGAGCAGACCCUGGAGGGAGGCACACUAUAUGAGUCAAUGCACAACUUUGGGUCCCAAACUGAAUCUGCCUAUGAGCCCCUAAAGGGGUCUGAUGGACAAAAUGUGUAUGAGCGCCUUGACGAAAGACGUAACUGAAUUCAACUGACAACAUAGACCUUGAGAUGAAGACAAGAAAGCUCUCCUCGGUUAAAAGUUGAUUUGAGUCAAGUGCUGUUUAGGACCAAAUAGUUUUCUGUGGCAAAAUUAACAAUAACUUUCAGUUGUGUUACAGUUUGGUAAAAAAAACAUUCUGUUGAAUAUUUUUCUGUCUACAAUUUGUUAUGAUUUUGAAACAUUUUAAAGUUAAAUUUAUUCUGAGUAUGUAGAAACAGUUUAAAACAUGUACUGUUUUAAGGUGGUUUUAAAAUUUACCUUGAGUUUGUACCCAAAACAUUUUACUGGCAAGAGCUACUGAUUAUCACAUAAAACGUUUGAAUUGUGUAAAAGUAAUAGAAUUUGGAACUAAUUUUUAAGAUAAAUUAAGAAUAUAAAAUGAAGAGAAAAUCUGUAGAAUACUUAGUAAAUCGAUAAAAAAGGCAAUGAGUAAUGAGGGAAACGAGAAAAAAAGUAAUCAAACAACAACAAACAUAUGAAACAUAUGUGUGAACUGCG